AGUUUUAGUUUUGGCGGAGAAGAAGAAAAGAAAACACGUAGAGAAAUAUAGUCCGUAUGGGGAACGAAAGGUUACAGACACGACACCCAAACCCCAACACCAAACCUUCACUUUGUUUUGAUUAACUCACUCCUCUCGUCUUCUUCUAUUUUCACUUUCACAUUCAAAACACUCUCUUUCACCUCGUACUUUGUCUUGGUUGAUGCAAUGUCCGGCGAAGGCGACCAAACGACGCCGUCUCUUGUGCCUUUAGAGGGUCUUCAAGACGUCGAGGAUUAUGUUUGGGCCAAUGAAGGCGGAUCAUCAUUGUCAUGGGAUAGGUUUAGUCAUGUUUUUGAUCUGGUUCAGAAUGGGAAUAAGGCAUUCCGGGAGAAUCGUUUUGAGGAGGCAAUUAAUUGUUACUCAAGGGCCAAUAAUGUUAAACCUGGAGAUCCUGUCAUUCUUGGAAACAGGAGCGCUGCUUAUAGCAGGAUUAGCCAAUUCCUGAAACAUAGACCUCCUUCUGCUUCUGAAUAUAAACCACUUAGUGGACUGGAUCCUACUAUACAUGCUGAACUUGCUCUGAAAGAUGCCGAGAAGGUGAUGAAUCUCAGAAGCAGUUCAGUGAAUUCGUACAUAUUAAAAUCUAGUGCUCUUAUCCUGUUGGAACAAUAUGAGCUAGCUCGGGAUGUUAUUCUUUCAGGCCUUCAGGUUGAUCCUUUUAGCAAUCCUCUUCGGGCUUCUCUUCAGAAUUUGGAGAAAAUGGCAGCCAGCACAUCGAGGAGAAGCUACAGCAAGCCUGAACGUAGUGAUGAAUUUGAUUGCACGCUCUGCCUAAAGUUACUGUAUGAACCUGUUACAACUCCUUGUGGGCAUUCUUUUUGCCGCUCAUGUCUUUUUCAGACCAUGGAUUGUGGUAAUAAAUGUCCAUUGUGUAGAACCGUUCUAUUUAUCAGUCCCAGAACAUGUGCAGUCAGUGUGACGUUAAACAACAUCAUAGAAAAGAAUUUCCCAGAGGAAUUUGCUGAGAGAAAGCAUGAACAUAAAAGUUUGACGAACUUUGGUGCUGAUCUGAUCCCUCUUUUUGUAAUGGAUGUUGUUAUCCCAUGUCAGAAGUUUCCACUGCACAUAUUUGAACCUCGAUACAGACUAAUGGUGAGGAGAAUCAUGGAAGGGAAUCGUCGCAUGGGAAUGGUUAUCCGUGACUCUAAUACAGGAUCAAUAGUUGACUUUGCCUGUGAAGUGGAGAUUACAGAGUGUGAGCCACUUCCUGAUGGGCGAUUUUAUCUAGAGGUUGAGAGUCGUCGUAGGUGUCGCAUCCUUCGAUCCUGGGAUCAAGAUGGGUAUCGUGUUGCGGAGGUUGAAUGGGUACAAGAUGAUCCUUCAGCAAGGAAAGCAGAAUUACAGGAAAUUACAAAUAACGCAGCAGAAUAUGCCCAGUCUUGGUUAAGGAGGGCAAAGGAUGCUGCAAGACAAGAUCGAAGAAGACUCGAGAGACUAUUAAAUGUAGAAGCAAUGAUGCCCACGCCAUUAGAUCCCGAGCGCUUUAGUUUCUGGCUUGCUACUUUAUCAGAAAGGAGACCUGAUGAAAGAUUGGAGCUCCUGCGAUUAAGGGAUACAGAAGAGAGAAUAAAACGUGGAUUGGUGUAUCUGAGAGCUGCAGAACAAGGCUGCAGUGUGCAAUAAUAAGAGUUGUAUAUAUAAAAAGAACCAUUUACCAAAAUCAAUACUUAUAAAUUUAUAUUCUUUGAUUCACAUGUGUGUGGAUCCUAUUCUUUUUGUAUCAAUUCACUUCUUAUACUAUCAAAUCAGUCCUUAUAUUUGCA